GCGGCGCGCCUAUAAAUUCUCCAAAUUCUUUAUCCGCUGUGUCCUUCUCGUUUCACCCCAUCUCUCUUUCUCUCUCUCGCUCCCUCCUAAUCCUUACGGCGGAGGAGGAGCCUUCGCCUCGCCCUCCCAUCGAGAUCCGCCCGCCAUAAAGGUUUCCGUUCCGAUCCGACCCGAUCAUGGAGAGGGAGAGAGCACGGGCCCGGUGGAGGCGGGCACUGGCGGCGGUGAUGGCGCCCCGGCUGGCGGAGGCCGAGGAGGACGUGGCGGCGGACGAGGAGUUGGAGGAGCCGAUGGGGUCGUCGCGCGGCAGCCUCAUCGCGCUCCUGGCGUCCGACCUCCGGCUCGGCAUCGCCUGCAGGCCCAGUGGCGAGAAGCUCCUCGAUCGCUUCGUCAUCCUCCCUGAUAACUGGUGGUACCAGUUAUGGACGCAGUUCAUAUUGCUGUGGGCGGUGUACUCGUCCUUCUUCACGCCGAUGGAGUUCGGUUUCUUCCUUGGGCUUCCGAAGAACCUAUUCCUUCUCGACGUCGCUGGACAGGUCGCCUUCCUCGUCGACAUCUUCGUCCAAUUCCUCCUCGCCUACCGGGAUCCCCACACGUACCGCAUGGUACGCAACCCCACGGCCAUUGCCUUGCGGUACAUGAAAUCGAACUUUGUUUUUGAUUUGCUCGGCUGCCUUCCUUGGGAUUAUAUUUAUAAGGCUUCAGGAAAUAAAGAAGAAAUAAGAUACCUACUGUGGAUUCGAUUAACUCGGGUUCGCAAAGUCACAGCUUUUUUUCAGAAGAUGGAGAAGGAUAUUCGCAUCAAUUACUUGUUCACAAGAAUUGUUAAACUUAUAGUUGUGGAACUCUAUUGCACACAUACAGCUGCCUGCAUUUUUUAUUACCUAGCAACCACUCUGCCUGAAUCUAUGGAAAGUUAUACGUGGAUAGGAAGCUUAAAGCUGGGUGAUUACAACUAUAACCAUUUCAGAAAGAUUGAUCUUUGGAGGCGCUACAUAACAUCAUUAUAUUUUGCCAUAGUAACCAUGGCAACUGUUGGUUAUGGAGACAUACAUGCAGUCAAUCCCAGAGAAAUGGUAUUUAUUAUGAUCUAUGUCUCUUUUGAUAUGAUUCUGGGAGCUUAUCUUAUUGGUAAUAUGACUGCACUGAUUGUGAAAGGAUCAAAAACAGAAAGGUUUAGAGACAAAAUGAAAGAUCUUAUACGAUACAUGAACAGAAACAGAUUAGGGAAGGACAUACGUGACCAGAUUAAAGGACAUGUGCGCUUGCAGUAUGAAAGCAGCUAUACUGAAGCUUCAGUUCUCCAAGAUAUUCCAGCUUCAAUUCGUGCUAAGAUUUCUCAAACUUUAUACAGACCAUGCAUUGAAAAUGUUCCACUCUUAAAGGGAUGCUCAUCAGAAUUCAUAAAUCAGAUUGUAAUCAGGCUGCAGGAAGAGUUUUUCCUUCCAGGUGAACUGAUUCUGGAACAGGGCAAUGCAGUUGACCAGCUAUAUUUUGUUUGCCAUGGUGUUCUGGAAGGAAUAGCGGUUGGUGAAGAUGGAUCAGAAGAGACUGUUACGCAAUUAGAGCCCAGCAGCUCAUUUGGAGAAAUUGCCAUUCUUUGCAACAUUCCUCAGCCUUAUACAGUUCGUGUCUGUGAACUCUGUAGACUCUUGCGCCUUGAUAAGCAACUUUUCACAAAUAUUCUGGAGGUGUAUUUUGUGGAUGGAAGGACAAUAUUGAGUAACCUUCUUGAGGGAAACGAAUCUACUUUGUGUAUCAAACAACUGGAAUCUGAUAUCACAUCUCAUAUCGGAAAGCAAGAAGCCGAACUUGCUUUAAAGGUUAAUAGUGCUGCUUACUAUGGAGAUCUGCGUCAUCUAAAAGGUCUGAUAAGAGCGGGAGCUGAUCCGAAGAAGACAGACUAUGAUGGGCGUUCACCUUUGCAUCUUGCAGCUUCAGGAGGGUUUGAAGACAUCACAAUAUUCCUCAUUAGAGAAGGCGUAAAUAUCAACCUUUCUGAUAACUUCGGAAACACACCACUGUUAGAAGCUGUGAAGCAUGGUCAUGACCGGGUGGCUUCUUUACUCCAUAGUAAAGGGGCCAAACUAGAUCUUAAAGAUGCUGGCAGUCAACUUUGUGCAGCUGUUGCAAGAGGAGACUCAGAUUUUAUUAGAAGGAUUUUGAUGUAUGGAGUAGAUCCAAACUCAAGCGAUUAUGAUCAUCGUACACCACUCCACAUAGCUGCUGCUGACGGAUUAUAUUCUAUCGCAAAAAUACUUUUAGAAGCUGGGGCAAGUGUUUUUGCUAUUGACAGGUGGGGAAGUACUCCAUUAGAUGAAGCAGUAAAAUGUGGAAGCCAAUCGUUGAUGAUGAUGCUGGAAGAUGCAAAACUUGAAGAGCUCUCCAAGUUUCCUGAUCGUGGUACACAAACUCAAGACAAAACCCAACCCCGGAGGAGAUGCACGGUGUUCCCUUUCCACCCAUGGGACCCAAAAGAAAAGAGAAAGGAGGGAGUAGUGCUGUGGGUACCUCUCACCAUGGAAGAACUCAUCGAGUCCUCGCAAGAGCUGCUAAACUGCUCAGGCUCACGAAUUCUAUCAGAGGAGGGAGGGAGGAUAUCUGAUGUAGCCAUGAUAUGUGACAACCAGAAGCUGUACCUUGUUGCAGAUUAAGACACUGCUACGAAGAAUAACCAGCUCAGUUGCCCUACGUUAUUAACACAGAGGUACGCAAUGGUGACAGGAAUCAAAGACAGUAUCAACUUGUUCGAUUCAAGGCAUUGGAAAACAACAUAAAAUAGACAGGAACUGUGAAGAACAUAUUGAAACGUAAGGUUGAUGUUAUAACGGUGGCUGAAAGUGUGAGAAAGCGUGGACUCUGAGGUGGAUGGAAACAUACCUGUAAAGUACAUACGUAGGGAUAGCAGCGGAGUGCUUCUUUUUGGGUAUUCGCACCUACCUACGAGUCCAAUUAUUGUUCUCAUUAAUCUAUGUUUUCAAUGAAUAUGUCAAGUAAAAUAAACAUUCAAAUCGGGUGGGUUUAGAAUUGGUUCACAAACUCAAGUAGUGUUCGAGUUCUGAAAAAAAGGAUAUGAUGAAACGUACGAGUUCUUUAUUGGUCGUCAAUCCUAAUUACAUGAUGCAAAUAUGUUCUUCAAAAUUUGUGUGUA